UUAAUUCUCACUUAUUUCCCUCUCCUAUUUUUUCUCUUUCAAACUUCCCUCUGUUUCUUCUUAUUUUUGCUUUACUCAAUAUGUGUGGAAUUCUCGCCGUUCUUGGUUGCUCCGAUGAUUCUCAGGCCAAACGUGUUCGCGUUCUUGAACUCUCUCGUCGACUGAAACACCGAGGCCCAGACUGGAGUGGGCUUUACCAACACAAAGAUUGCUAUUUAUCCCAUCAACGUUUAGCCAUUGUCGAUCCUGCAUCCGGUGAUCAACCCCUCUAUAAUGAAAAUAAAUCCAUUGUUGUCACGGUGAAUGGAGAAAUAUACAACCACGAGGAGCUGAGGAAGAAAUUGAAGAACCACAAAAUUCGAACCGGCAGUGACUGUGAUGUUAUCUCACAUUUGUAUGAAGAAUAUGGAGAGAAUUUUGUGGACAUGCUCGACGGAAUGUUCUCUUUCGUGCUAUUGGACACACGUGACAACAGUUUCAUCGCUGCUCGUGAUGCAAUUGGUGUUACUUCCCUUUACAUUGGUUGGGGACGCGAUGGCUCAGUUUGGAUAUCUUCGGAACUCAAAGGUCUGAAUGAUGAUUGCGAACAUUUUGAGACAUUUCCACCUGGUCACUUGUACUCUAGCAAAGAAGCAGGAUUCAAAAGAUGGUAUAAUCCAAUUUGGUUCUCUGAGGAUAUUCCAUCGACCCCAUACGAUCCACUUGUUCUGAGACGCGCAUUGGAGAAUGCAGUGAUCAAGAGGCUGAUGACGGACGUCCCUUUUGGAGUUCUGUUAUCUGGUGGCCUAGAUUCAUCGUUGGUUGCAUCUAUCACAGCUCGUCAUUUAACUGGCACAAGAGCUGCUAAGCAUUGGGGUACACAACUUCAUUCCUUCUGUGUUGGCCUUGAGGGUUCACCAGAUUUGAAGGCUGCUAGAGAAGUUGCUGACUUUUUGGGUACCGUCCACCAUGAGUUUCAUUUCACAGUUCAGGAUGGGAUUGACGCAAUUGAAGAUGUUAUCUACCAUAUAGAAACAUAUGAUGUAACUACAAUCAGGGCGAGUACACCCAUGUUUCUCAUGGCACGAAAGAUUAAGUCACUAGGAGUAAAGAUGGUGAUCUCUGGUGAGGGUGCUGAUGAGAUUUUUGGUGGAUACCUCUACUUCCAUAAGGCUCCUAAUAAGGAAGAGUUUCACCGUGAAAGUUGUCAUAAGAUAAAGGCCCUUCACAUGUAUGAUUGCUUAAGAGCAAACAAGGCGACUUCAGCGUGGGGCUUGGAAAUUAGAGUUCCAUUUUUAGAUAAGAAAUUUAUCGAAGUUGCAAUGGCCAUUGAUCCAGAAUGGAAAAUGAUCAAACACGAUCAAGGUCGAAUUGAGAAAUGGGUUCUCAGAAGAGCUUUCGAUGACGAACAACAACCUUAUCUACCUAAGAAUGUUUUGUACAGGCAAAAGGAACAAUUCAGUGAUGGCGUUGGAUACAGUUGGAUCGAUGGCCUUAAAGCCCAUGCUGAUCAACAUGUGACUGAUAAAAUGAUUUUGAAUGCUGAACACAUCUUCCCUCAAAAUACUCCAACAUCAAAGGAAGCCUACUACUACAGAACCAUAUUUGAGAGGUUCUUCCCACAGAACUCAGCUUGUCUGACUGUCCCGGGAGGACCAAGUAUUGCUUGCAGUACGGCGAAGGCCGUCGAAUGGGAUGCUGCUUGGUCUAAAAAUCUUGAUCCUUCAGGUAGAGCCGCACUCGGAGUUCACGCCUCGACAUAUGGAGACGAGGCAAAUGGUUUAAAUGCCAUCGUCCAGCCUAAGAUAGUUGAUACCAUUCCGAGAAUGGAGGUGGGUACAGCAGGAGUAAAAAUCCUUGGCUAGUACAGGAUAGUAGUAGGCUUUCCAGGUCGAUGAUAAAAUCAGGUCCUCCAAAUUGUAUGCUUUAACUAAAUAUACAAACAAUACAAGAGUGAAAUAGAGUGUAAAUGUCCUUUGGGAAGAGUUAUUACUGUAAGACCUUCCAAGGAAAAUUUCUAUGAAUGUAUACCUUUGUUAGAUUAUUGGGAUUGUCUAAUCUUAGUAUGUAUGGAUAAUGUCCGUAUACUUUUGAUGUUAUUUAGUUUCAUAGUUUUUCAUUUAA